CUGCAGUGAGCGGUCCCCCUGGCGUCACUGCUGCCUUCACGCCGCAAGGCCUCUCCGCCAGUCCCGUACCAAUUCCACCGGGGAACUUAAGGUCGGCUUCCUGGGGCCUAUAAGGCUGCCAUGAUGCCUCGUCCGUCCGUUGACUGAUGAGUCGACAUCACAGCCCUCUUCUCUCGUUGGCAGGUGUAGUGCCUGAUUACUCACUUUCCUGUUUCGGUUUUUUUUUUUUUUCUUUUUUACUUGCUGUUGCCGUUCGCUUCAUCACCGUUUCCACCGUCCUGCUCUUGUCCAUUUCUCGGUUGAGCGCUCCUCUGCGGUGCUGCCUGAGCCGUAGCCCUCUCGGAUUUUCUACUUAUUGUCUCGCUGCCUUGGGCGUCUUCCUGGAAGCCAGUCAGUCACAAACUCUCACAUCGCAACUCGACAUCCCAAACCGUUGUCGUCCCACCUCGUCGAAUUAUAAGCCCGUCGUCCUCCCCCGGGACCUGAAUUCACCCCAACCAGCAAGACUCAGGACCCGUCAUCACCACAUUCACGCACACCACAGAGCCAAGCAACGACAGUCCAGUCACCGACAGCUGCCCCCUUUCUAUCUCAACCCUCCGAAAAGCUCAAGACCAGGCAGGCGUCUGGUUGUUCCCUCAAGGGAGACGUUCAAGAUGUGCUACCAGCUGGUCGAGCUCUACUCGGCAUGCCGAUGCCUUUACUACCAGCACGCCGUUGACCGGUGUGCGGCAUACGGCCGCCCAGGCCACGGCAUUCAGAUGCGGACGAUACUGGUCGGGUACGCCUGCAGCGAGCACACGUCGCACGCAAGCGGAUACGACUGCUCGUACUCCCCCCAGUACUCGGACUCGGGCUAUCACUCGGGCCGUUCGUCCAAGAGCUCCCGCGGCCACUACCGGUGAAAGGUCUUGUCUUCGACGGUGGGCUGCUGGCCCUGGCACCCGCCGCCACUGGAACACUUCCAGCUGAGAGACUGGGCCUCCUACCUCUCCUCCUUCCGAGCUCGGCCCCCGGUGCUGGCCCAGCCCCCACCCCCAACUUUCUUUUUAUACUUCUUCGUGGGCCACGACCGCGCCGUAAGACACGCAG